UCCUACGAGUAUAAAUGUUGAACUCACGAAUAACUACCAUCAGUUGGUGCUCAAUGCUGAGCUUGUAUAGUCAAACUUGUAUAUCGAACAGUGAGAUAGUCUACGAUAAAAGUGUUGAACGAAAAAAUGGCAGUGACGGAAAUUUUGUUGAGCAUUAUUUUGGCGGCUGUUGGCGCAGUCAUUUAUAUAGCGCAUCGUAACUUAACAUAUUGGCAACGGAAAGGCAUCCCGCACGAUUCGCCAAAUUGGAUUCAUGGCAAUCUACAAGGUGUUGGAAAGACUAUGACUUUUGCCGAAGCUUUUACUAAAGUAUACAAACGGCAUUUGGGGUCGGGUCCCUUUUGCGGUCUUUACUUUCUUCAAAAGCCGACGGUCCUUGUACUAACACCGGAGUUGACAAAACAGGUGUUAAUUAAAGACUUUAACAACUUCAGUGAACGUGGCCUUUAUGUCAACGAGAAAGAUGAUCCCAUAACUGGGCAUUUGUUUUUGUUACAAAGUCAGAAAUGGCGCGUGAUGCGUAAUAAACUCACACCCACCUUUACCUCUGGUCAAAUGAAGUUCAUGUUUCCCACUGUGGUUUCGGUGGCUGAGCAAUUCGUUGAAACCUUAAAUGGCGACAUCAAGAAGAGUAACGUAAUUGAGAUCAAGGACCUGUUAGCACGUUUCACCACUGAUGUAAUUGGAUCUUGUGCUUUCGGCAUAGAGUGUAACAGUCUCAAGAACCCUGAUGCUAUUUUCCGUCAAAUGGGACGUCGUCUUUUUACCGAACGUCGUCAUUCAAGUUUCGUUGAUAGUAUGAUAACGGCCGCCCCGAGUUUGGCACGAAAACUUCAUGUUCGUGUAGCACCAGACGCCAUAAAUGAUUUCUUCUUCAACAUUGUACGUGAAGCAGUUGAUUAUAGAGAGAAGAAGAAUGUGCAGCGUAAUGAUUUUUUGAACAUUCUGAUGGAGCUAAACAAAGGAAAACUAAAGUUCGAUGAUAAAAACGAGGAAAAAGGGCUUACGUUGGAGGAGAUGACGGCGCAGGUGUUUGUGUUCUUUGUAGCUGGCUUUGAGACAUCAUCUUCGACACUUUCAUUUUUACUUUAUGAAUUGGCCCUAAAUCCAGACAUUCAAAAGCGCCUACGCGAAGAAAUACUAGAGACGGUUGAAAAUCAUGGCGGUAAGGUGACUUAUGAAUGUGUAAAUUCGAUGUCUUAUAUGAAACAGGUCGUAGCAGAAACCCUUCGUAAGUAUCCAAUAGUACCACACUUGCAGCGUAAGGCUAUGGCCGAUUAUGUUGUGCCUGGACAUCCAAACUAUGUGAUAGAAAAAGAUACAACUGUAUUCAUACCAGUAAUGGCAAUGCAUCAUGAUCCCGAGAUUUACCCGGAACCCGAAAAAUUCGACCCGGAACGUUUUGCACCGGAGGAAAUGAAAUCACGAGACUCCAUCAAUUGGCUGCCCUUCGGCGAUGGUCCACGUAAUUGUAUCGGCUUGCGUUUUGGUCAAAUGCAGAUACGCGUCGCCCUGACAUACUUAUUACGUAACUUUGAAUUCAGCACCUCCCCGGCGACUGAGAUUCCUUUGGUAUUCAAUCGCAAGCAGUUUGUAACCGGUACCGAAAGCGGCAUCCAUUUGAAAGUACAGUCGAUUUAAGGCGUUGGAUUUCUCUUCAGUUUUUGUGAUUAAAGAAAACCUUAAUUACACCUUUAAUUGAAUAUUUCGUCAAUCUUUUUCUCGGUUAACAUGUGAUUUUAUAUGAAUGUAUUAAUAUAUUGAUAUACAUAUGUAUUUAUGUUUAUAUGAUAUAUGUGCAUUAAAGGAUAUAAAUAUCUGAAAGUGCCCAACCAGUACUUAUCAAUCUAUCCGUGUAGUGUUUUUCUUUUGUUAUAUUAGCAAACUGUGAGGAACAGAAAGUCCGUGUGAGAACGUGUGCAUUAAGCAAGCUCAACAGGAACACUCAUGUUUUAAGUCUUCGUCUUAAGUAUUCGUUCGUUCAUUCGCGGAUGUAGCACGUUCCACACAUAGUAAAUUCAAAUGUACGGGACCACUUUGUGGUUUCAUCGUCCUGAAGUUUUUGUGCUGGAAACCAGCCUUGUUGAAGCUAUACUCAUCUUUCAGUUCAAUAAGUUCACGGAUCGCGGCUUCUAUACGAAUCCAGACGAUGUUCCGCUCUCAAGGCAUAUUUUUACGUUGAACUGUAAUAAAGAAUUUUCAAU